AAUGGAUUGAGUGAGAAUGAAAUUGGUGGGAAUUAAUAAUAAUAUGGAGAAAGUAAGAAGCAGCAAUGGAGCGUCGUCGAAAGGAGAAGAUGUUUUGUUGCAAGUGGAAGAAGUUCAGUUUCAAAAACUUCAAGGAACGCUAUUUGUUCUGAGUACCAGAGUUGCAUGGGCACAAUUGGGUCAGGAAGACUUUGCGGUCUCCGUUUAUUUUGCUGACGUAGAUAAGCUUAAAAUUUCGCCGCAACGUAAAGCAAAAAAGCAACUUCAAAUUACGCUUCAUAAUUCUGAAGCCUUCACAUUUCUCUUCCUUAGACCAAACAAAGCUGAGGCAGAUCGUGAUGCAGUAAAGGAAAUGGUGCAGCAGAUACUCCCCAAGUUUGCACGAAAAAUUAAUUCUGAACUGGAAGAUAAAAUAAAGAUGUUCCAAAAAAGUCCACAGCUGUUCAAAUUGUACCAGAAACUAGUGCCAACUGGAAUAACCACUGCAGAAGAGUUCUGGGCUACGCGAUCUUCAAAUGACAUAGAAUCUCAAUUGACUGGAGUGAGCUCCUCUUUCAUUUGCGAGAUUCAACCUUCCAAUCCAUUUGGCGACAACAAAAGUUCAGUUCACUACAAUCUCAAAGCAGAAACAAUCCAGUCAAUCUUCGCAAUUUAUCCCUCAGUCCGUCUCAAAUACGACAAAACAGUCGUCUCGGGCCAAAUGACCGAACAGCAAUUCUGGGCCUCCUUUUUCCACAGUCAUUACGUGCAAAGGGAGCGUCUUGAUUUCGGAUCUAAUGAAAUGUUUGCGGAAUGCGCUUCAAUUGACGAGAAAGAAGACGAGGAAAGGAAAGAAGCGAGGUCAGGCGGUUUCGUUCCAGGAGGGGACGUCUCGAAUUUACAAGAUGCAGAAUCAGGAUUCUUUGUUGCCGAAAGCGUAGGCGAUCAAUCAUCCUCCUCUAAAAAGACAGGAAAGGAAAGCUCUAGUAAAAGUAUGAUAGUAUCAAAUAGUGCAUCUCAGACAGUGAAGGCAUUGAUUAAACGCACCAAUCAGUAUAGCUCCAGAUUCUUAGUGGAAACAAGUAACACAGGUAGUUGUGAAAAAAAAGCAGCUAAGCGUACAAAUGAUGAGGCGAUUACAUGGGAACAAUGUGCAGUCCAGGCCAAACAGAUGAAGAUAGACGAAAUGUGUCGCUUGGACGAUUUAGCCGACACUCCUGAGCCGGAGCUGCCGAAAGUGUCAAUCCAAGGCGGCCCAGAGAAGUUCUCCCAAUUCGGAGUUGACCAAACACUGCUCAAGUUUUUGCCUUCUUCCAACAAAGAAGUGGUGGAAGCCACGAAUGCAUGUGCUGCCCAGGUUCAAAAUUGGGUUGCCGGGAGCGAGGGUGUGUUGAACACAAUUGGGUGUCUUAGUUUGAACCCGAUUCAGGAUUUCAGCCAACUUUCUACCUCAGGUGAUUUCCCCAGCAGUGCGACAUGCAACGAAGCCAAUUGUUCAUCAGGCGACAAAAUUGCUACAGAGCUCAAAUCGGAAAUGCAAAUUACAUACGCUGCUGCCAACGAAGUGCUCAGUAAUUUCUGGCAAUGUUUCCUAAUAGACUCGCCCGAAAAAGAGCAGAAACUAGAGCGAUCUUAUGACUCGCUGCAAAAGUUUGAAACUUCCUUGUUGGAAAGUUUUGUGAAUUUAUCCUUGUCGGUUAGUAAUGCCAAUUGCGCCAAUCACCUCAAAAUUAUGAUGCAACAAGCUCAUAACAAGUAUCAAUUGUAUAAAAACAACAAAGUUCGCAAGAAAUAAGCACUAUGCUGAAUUGUCUCAUAAAAUUUAUUUUCUUUCAAGCGAUUGUUAUUUUAGAUCUAGAUCGUUUUUGCUUUUG